CGAUCGUAUACUACCUUAAGCAGGCAUAAUCAGACAGCGGAUCCGAACAAGCUGAUAUUCACGAAUCGUACCACCUCUUGCAUACAUAACACUCACGUCGACUCGGGACACGAACGGAGACAGAACACGACCAUGUUGCGAUGCUACACACCCAUCGACAUCCCCGCCACCGGCGAGCAGCCCUUCACAGACUAUUCUCGCUGGCGAUUGCGCUCUUCUGAGGAUGGUCGUCACACCUGGCACUAUCUUGAAUCGGACGACGAUUGUAACGCCUGGGAGCAGACGGACAUCGACAAGUACUGGCUCGGCAUCCCGCUCAAUCCCCCUGCGUUGCCACCACCCAAGAACGCGCUGGAUGCUGCGCGCAAUGGCUACACAUUCUACAAGCAUCUUCAAGCCAAAGACGGUCACUGGCCAGGCGAGUAUGGCGGACCUAUGUUCCUCAUGCCAGGUCUCGUCAUUGGCUCGUACGUGACAGGGAUGGGCUUCACGGAGCCCGAGAGGCUCGAGAUGAUCCGCUAUCUGCUCAAUCGAGCAAAUUCGCAAGAUGGCGGGUGGGGGCUGCACGUUGAGGGCCAGUCCACCGUAUUUGGGACUGCAAUGAACUACACCGUCAUGCGCAUUCUUGGUGUUUCUCCUGAUCACCCAGCCCUUGUGAGAGCAAGAGCGACCCUUCACAAGCUUGGUGGCGCGACCGGUGUGCCAUCUUGGGGAAAGUUCUGGCUUUCUGUUCUGAAUGUGUAUGAUUGGGAUGGAAACAAUCCUAUUCCUCCCGAGUUGUGGUUGCUUCCGGAUGCUCUUCCCUUCCACCCUCACAGAUGGUGGAUUCAUACCCGCAACGUUUACAUACCCAUGGCGUACCUAUAUGCUAUCCGCUACAAAAUGGAGGAGAAUGAUCUCAUCCACUCUUUAAGACAGGAGCUUUAUACCCAAGAUUACCACAUGAUUGACUGGCCGGCGCAGCGCAACAAUAUUUGCAAAGUAGACCUUUAUGCGCCACACACCGCCCUCUUUGACUUCUUGUAUUCCAUCCUCACCGCCUACGAAUACUGCGCGCUCCCUCCGCUCCGCAAAGCAGGCGUCGAUAAAUGCUACCGGCUGAUAGUACAAGAGGAUGAGAACACGGGCUACCAGACGCUCGGGCCAGUGUCCAAGAUGAUGAAUCUCAUCGUGCGCUAUCAUGUAGAUGGUCCGGAUAGCACCGCCUACAAGCUCCAUCGCGACAAGCGUGCCGACUUCAUGUGGAUAGGACCGGAGGGCAUGCGGAUGUGCGGUACGAAUGGCUCCCAACUGUGGGACAUCGCUUUUAUCACGCAGGCGCUUGUCGAAAGUGGUCUGGCGUUCGAGGAGGAAAAUCAGGAAAGUCUCAUCAAAGCGCUGGAGUGGCUCGAUCAGUGCCAGAUACGGGACAAUCCCAAACACUUCCAGUCGGGCUAUAGACAUCCCACCAAGGGCGCCUGGCCGUUCAGUACAAAAACGCAAGGGUACAUUGUCAGUGACUGUACGGGAGAGGGUCUGAAGGCGGUGUUGUAUCUCCAGAAGCAUAUUGAAUCGACACCCAAGCUCGUCAGCGAACGGCGGCUCUGUGAUGCUGUAGAUCUCAUUCUGGGCAUGCAAAAUGCCGACGGCGGCUUCGCGAGCUACGAGCUUAUUCGCGGACCGCGAUGGAUGGAGUACUUAAACCCAGCGGAGGUCUUCGGUGCGAUCAUGAUCGAACACAGCUAUCCAGAAUGUACGACUUCCUCUAUCACCGCAUUGUCUACCUUCCGCAAAUAUUACCCACAUUAUCGGGCCAACGACAUACAGCGUGUGAUAGACCGUGCGGUCAGGUACGUACAUGAUGCGCAGACGCCCGACGGUGGCUGGGUCGGCUCGUGGGGUAUCUGCUUCACAUAUGCGGCUAUGUUCGCGUGCGAGAGUCUCGCACUCGUAGGGGAGACCUAUGCCACCAGUUCAUAUGCGCACAAAGGUUGCGAAUUCCUUUUGAGCCAUCAACGAGAGGACGGUGGCUGGGGCGAGAGUUAUAAGUCCUGCGAAACAAGUACAUGGGUCGAACACGAGCAAACGCAAGUCGUCCAAACGUGCUGGGCGACACUCGCGCUCAUCUACGCGCAUUAUCCUCGUGCGGAGCCGAUCGAACGCGCUGUACACCUUGUCAUGUCGAGACAGAAAGCCGAUGGCUCGUGGUCUCAAGAAGCGAUGGAAGGAAUUUUCAACAAGAGCGUAACUAUUGCCUAUCCAAACUUUAAAUUUUCGUUCACUAUCUGGAUGCUUGGACGUGCUCAUCGGUACCUGGAGGAACUUAGAAAAAGCAGAUCUACAUAGAACGUGCGCAGCUGUAGACCAGAGUGCGCGCGCCCAGAGAUUCGCACCAUUGUCGGACUUAGUAUUUUUUGUAUUUCUCGACUGCGAGCGUGUUUUGUUCGUUUAAGCAGUUCAGUGCAGAGUGAUAUUGUCCGGCGAGAUCUGCAUGUAGUGUGUAUGCUAUUCAAUACAUCAUGCGAUGAGCAACAUACAUAACUUGUGAAACAAUGUAACGACGUG